CUUCUUUCGACUAUGUGAUGUUCCACUCCCAACCGUUUAGAUGGUAAUCGUAUCAACACAUCAGUCAAUGGAGAAUGCAGACCAAGGCGAAGCGUAUGCCUACGAACUCUUACAAAAGGGAAUAUUGACGAGAGAACAACUGGCGGACAUUCGUUGGACAUUUCACUUUUUCGACAGGAACGGAGAUGGUUCUAUUUCUUGCGACGAAUUGGAGACAGCACUGGCCUACUUGGGGCAUGAAGUUUCACAGAUGGAAUUAAAACACAUGAUUGCGCAGGUCGAUGUGAACGGUGACGGAUCUCUGGAUUUCGGCGAAUUUCUUCGCGCAAUGACCGAACAUCACUUUCAACCGCCCGAUAUACUGACCUCAAGACAGAUAAAUGAAGAAAUCUAUCGUCGAGUGUUUGCAGAGUUCGAUUGCGAUGGCGAUGGAUUCAUUGACGCAAAGGAGUUGGAAAAGACAAUGACGAGCUUGGGAGAGACGCUGAGCCCUGAGGAUAUCAUGGACAUGAUGAGAGAGGCGGAUACAGAUUGUGAUGGAAAAGUCAGUUUCACAGAGUUUCUAAAUGUACUUCAGUAACUGUUGGAACGAAAUGAAGCCAAACCUCGCCCACGUUUGGUGUACAUCUGGAAACGUUUUGAGCCCAAUUGUACAUUCACGGCCUUUGUUCAGGAUAGCAUCGUCUUUCAUCCUUUUGUGAGACGUAUCCAUCUCCAAUUUGCUCUACCUCUAUUUCUUUAAGUUUGUCACAACAAUCUGAAGUGAAUCUUCUCUUUUUUAAACAAGGAACUACAUUUUGUUUCUAUCCGCAGAUACUCAAUUACGCAAUUACGUUGCCUUAUUUUAAAUACAUGUUUA